AUGGCUCUCCAGCAGACCAUCCCGGCUCUGGGUGAGCCACUGCCGCAAACAGAGAAGCUCUCCCUGCUCUACGGGCCCGUCGACCCGCCCCUUGUCGACCUCACCCUCGGCGAACUGCUCGAUCUACAGUGCCAGCACUACGGCACACAGGAGGCCAUCGUGAUCCCCUGGACGGGCGCGCGGUGGACCUACAAUGAGCUCAACCACCAGAGCCGGCUGCUGGCGCGGUCGCUACUGUCGAUGGGCAUCAGCCCCGGUGACCGCGUCGGCAUCAUGGCAGGCAACUGCGAGCAAUACGCCGCCGUCUUCUUCGCCGUGGCCCGGCUCGGCGCCAUCCUCGUGAUCCUCAACAACACCUACACGCCCACCGAGGCGCAGUACGCGCUCCGCUUCUCCGAGUGCAAGGUGCUCUUCACGACCAAGCAGAUCGGCCGCCUCGACAACACUCGCUUGCUCAUGGAGCUGGCCGGCCAGCCUCCGUCGCCCAAGGUCGUCAUCAUCCGCGGCGACUCGACCGGCUACGAGACAUACGACGACCUGAUUGCCAGCAGCACCAAAGAAGACCCUUGCAAGCUCGCCCGCGUCGAGUCUCGCGUUCUGCCGUACAGUGUAGUGAACCUGCAAUUCACGAGCGGUACAACUGGUCUUCCCAAGGCCGCCAUGUUGACACACCACAACCUCGUCAACAACUCCCGCUUCAUCGGCGACCGCAUGCGCCUCGGCCCAGACGACGUCCUCUGCUGCCCGCCGCCGCUCUUCCACUGCUUCGGCCUCGUCCUCGGCCUACUCGCCUGCGUGACCCACGGCUCCAAGGUCGUCUACCCGGCCGAGGUGUUCGACACGCGCGCGACGCUGCGCGCCGUCGUCGACGAGCGCUGCACGGCGCUGCACGGCGUCCCGGCCAUGUUCGACAGCCUGCUCGCGCUGCCCGAGGCCGCGGGGCUCGACGCCGCGCGCCUGCGCCUGCGGACGGGCAUCGUCGCGGGCGCGCCCGUGCCGCGCUGGCUCAUGGAGCUCAUGGUGUCGCGGCUCGGCAUGCGCGAGUUCACGUCGAGCUACGGGCUCACCGAGGCGAGCCCGACGUGCUUCAACGCCUUUACGGACGACGCCGUGCAGCGGCGCCUGACGACGGUGGGCACGCUGAUGCCGCACGCGCAGGCCAAGAUCGUCGACCGCGAGGGGCGGAUCGUGCCCGUCGGCGAGAAGGGCGAGCUGUGCAUCGGCGGGUACCAGCUGCAGGCCGGCUACUGGAACAACUCGGAGAAGACGGCCGAGGUAAUGGUGCGCGACGAACACGGGCAGCUGUGGCUGCACACAGGCGACGAGGCCGUGUUUGACCACGAGGGGUACUGCAGUAUCACUGGGCGGUUCAAGGAUAUCAUCAUUCGAGGCGGCGAGAAUAUCUAUCCUCUCGAGAUCGAAGAGCGACUCGUCGCGCACCCGGCCGUCGCCACCGCCGUCGUGGUUGGCCUCAAGGACCAUCACUACGGCGAAGUUGUCGGCGCGUUCCUCGGUCCGGCGCCGGACCAGGGCAACGCAUCGCUGCCCUCGGACGCCGAGAUGCGCGAGUGGGUGAUGCGGCAGCUCGGCAAGCACAAGUCGCCGACACACAUCUUCUGGCUGGGCCGCGACGGCGUGCCGGCCGACGUGCCGCUGACGGGCAGCGGCAAGGUGCGCAAGUUUGAGAUGGCCCAGCUGGGCGACAAGAUCCUCGCCGAGAGGGCUGGCAGGGCCAAGUUCGAGUAA